ACAUAUGAGAAAUAGCGCAACAUCUGAAUCCGAAGGUCAUAUGCGUCUGUUCUGUAGCUCUUUUGCACAUUGAUGUCUGAUGGUGAAUACCUUCCUGAUGGUUCUUUAAUUGACUUGGCUGGAGUAGACUGGAGAGACGAUAUAUUACCCUUUGAACUCAUUUUGGUCAAACCUAACUCACUUCCCGAUCCAGAACCCCAACCUCUUGGUACUCAGCGGUGUUCUGAAAUUCCGAAUUCAGAUAUUUUCGAUAACAUUCGUUGGAAUGAGCUUGAUCUAGAUAGCUUGCUUUCCCACCUUAAUCUUCCUCCAUCUGUGUAAUCAUUGUGUUUACCGGCUGUUAAUUUCGCUAAUAUGACAACAACGUGGUCAAAAUUAAUUUCCCGGGCUGAAAAGUUAAUUGGAGGUCCCUCACCAUAUAUUAAUUUAGGGAAUAUAUUAUCUUCUGAAGCUGGUUCUUUAGCAUCGCGAGCUCGACGACUGGCAGGAAAUGUUAACCAUCCAUUUUUCUCAACCGUGCGCUCAUGUCUUCGAGGCAGAUAUGUUAACAACUUAUUUUCUAUUUCCUCUGCUAUAUCAGAUCGUUUUUCAAAAUCUGUAACAUCUGAACGUCCCUCUGGUGGGCUGAUUAUACUUCUGGUUGGCCAGUCGUAUGCUAGUCCCACAAACUCAACAAAAUUGUGUGGUCAACAUCGUAGUAUCUCGGAAAUAUUCGAGACUGUUCAUACUGCAGUAGCUAUUCAUAAGUAAGUAGAUUUUCAUACAUUAUAAAGUUCAUGUCAACAAAAAACGUAAUAGAAGUGAGUAUUAUAAGGUUGAUUUCCCAUGCAAUUAUAACUAUAUAACUGCUUAAACUAUUAAUCACUCGGUUCAUAAAAUAAUAUUUCAUGUAAAAAGUGUUCAAAGGCUAUGACUACAAGUUUUACUCAGCGUAACGCAUCGACUUCACAAGCAACCGUUGCGUUUAGAAUUCAAAUCAACACGCAAAGUUAGGCAACUCCAUCUCUCCAUAUUCCAGUUAAGAUCAUUAGAGAUUAAUCAUGUGAUAAAUGCGAAUCAUGGUCAUUAGGCAUUUUAAUGUGUUUAUAUACAAAAGAAUAAAGUGCUUUUUAGUAAACUAAUGGUCAUUGUGUGGUAGGGUUAUAUUAACGUAACUGCUCUUCUUAUUCUUUAUAUAAAGUUCAACCCAAUACCAAAGUCUAUGUCCAUUUGCUCAGCUUUGUUGUAUUCUAGUUCUUAAAAUUAAUGUUACAAAGCUAUAGAUUAGUGACCAUAAAAUUCAGUGGUCACAGGUUUCAAUUUCGCUUUACUUAAUUUAGACAGUUGGAUAGUAUCACUCACUAGUCUAUGAAGUCAUUGACAAUUGAGCCGAGUCAUGUUAACUGGUGUAGACUGCCUGGUUGAAGUCUGCGUGUUCAUCAUAACCAGUGGUUAGGGACUUUGAAUGAUAUAGUUUAGAAUGAUGUAGGUGCACCUAUUCUUUGUCUUUCCCUAAAUUCUGAGUUUCUCAUAACUUUUAUUGUUUUUAUCUUACUGAUUUAUAUUUCCUUGAAUAAUAUAUUCGGUGCCUGAUCUUUUCUGUUAACUCUGAUAUUGUUACUGCCUCUACUAUUCUGGUGUUCGGUCUGACAAUCUAAUCUCUCUGUGCUAAUGGGGUAUGACACUUUGAACCGAUGUUCCCACGUAACAGGUUCUACGUUGCAGUUGACUAACUUUUUGCUACUAAUAACCAACUGACAAGCAAAAUUAAUUGUUUUCAAGUAUUACUACAUGAUCCUCGCAUUUUCUACAUAUUAAUUUUCUCUUUGUUUGUUCUGUAGAAGUUUAGUCAAUUUAAAUGAUUUGAAUCAAAACACCGAUGAUAAUGAAACAUGGUUGAAAAAUAUGGAAAUCUGCAAUAAAUUGGCAACCUUAUCUGGAGAUGUUCUACUUGCAUCUGUCUCUACCAGCUUGGCUGGAUUGCAUCACGCUAAUGUACGGCGAUUUGAAUAAAUUAUUAUACAUAUAUCAUAGUAAUAAGAAAGAUAUAUAAGAAAAAGUUUGUUUAAUUGGUUUCAACUGUGUUUCCUAGUAUAAUCAUAAAGACUUUCGACUACUGACUCCCAGAUUCGAACUCCGCCUCUCCUACUACGGUUUCGACAACCAGAGUAGUACGAUUAGCCGUCAAAAUUAGUGUGUGGCUCGUACCCAAGCACAUAAUGAAUGACUUUAUUCAUUUUAUGAUUAUUCAUUAUAAAGAAGUAAACAUAAGAACAUGGCUUUCAGUGUUCAUUAAAUCUCAGUUCAUUAGUUACCCCGUCACAGUAUGCAUUUACUACUUGGGAAUUUUAAUAAUAUUCAAAAACCGGCUCAUGAAGAAAUAUUUGUAAAUAAUAGCAAAUAUAGUGAUGCAUUUUGUAUAUGCCAACAGUGAAUUCCCAUAACAAAAUCUUAAUCUUAGGUAACUAGUGUCUGAUAUCUAUCCGGACAAUCUUGCAAUUUAUAAAUGUAAGUUUAAAGCCUAAUAUCUAAUCAAAAUGUGAACAGUCAAUAAAAGAUAACAUUAAUGCAAGAUUAUUGCAGGUUAGAUAACUACAGCGGGAGCUGAUACAUGUCAUACUUCAAACAAUGUGCGAUCAAUUAGUGGUAUUGCAUAUAUAUAUGACCGUCAUCCGGAUAGUUUUUUUGAAGUACUUCGUUCUGUUUUGAAAAUAACUAAUACUAGGUUGUCGGUGUCGUGUCCGAAGCAAUUGGAAAUAUGAUGGAGGCUGAAUUUCACGAGUUAGCUACCAAUUUAAAUGUAUCAAAUACCAAUAAUUACAAUCAUCAUGUUGAAAGUAGUAUUGAUGUCAAUUCAACUGUAACGUCUAAUGAAAUAUAUGACCUAUCGAAAGAAAAAUGGCUUUCUUUUGUACAAUUAUCACGUGGUGCUCUUUUGGGAAGUUGUUGCGAAGCUGCUUUAAUUCUUACCGAAAACCAUAUAUCUAAUCUGUCUAUUACACCAACAAAUAAAAUAUAUCCAGAUUGGGAUAAUUUUUUCUCCAUUGCAAAUCAUUUUGGAUCAACAUGGGCUUGUUUAAUACGGUUGACUGAAGAGAGGGAACAUAUUCAGCGUACUUGGUCUACCAAUCAAACCACUGAUGCAUAUUGGUCUAUAAAAAAGGAAAUGCAAUAUAUGAAAAACAAUAUGUAUGGGUAUCAAUCAGUUAUUCCAUCUUAUUCAGAAUAUGGUUUGAAUGAACCAACAUUUGCAGAUGCUCUGCUACUCUCUUUACCUUCAUCAAAAACGGAUUAUAAACUCAUCGAUAUUCUUGAUGAAGUCCUGUCAGAAUAUAAUAGAAUCGGACGUGAAUUAGCUCAGAAAUUACGUGAAUACUUUAAUCAGAUUGUUUUCAAUGCAGAACAGUUCAAUAUUAUUAGUGAUAACAUUAAUUCUAUUCAUAUAAAAGACACUAGUAAUUGUUCACCUGGUAUACAGUUGUUAGGUGAAAUGGUAGACAAACUUAUCAGUGAUUGUAAUUGUUCUCCAUGAAAAGUUGAGUAGAAAAACUGUAAUAUAAACAAACAAUCAUAA